GUUUGCUCUGAACUUUACCACUGACCUAAAGCUGUAGUUUCCAACUGCUGCAAGCUCGUCGACGUUUUGGCAACUGCCACUUAGCUGCACAUUUUCAAUUGUAGCAGGCGUCUUAAAAGGCAAUUUCGAAAAUCUUCACAUUUUAAAGUCAAGUUUGGAAAUUAAAAAUGGCGAGCUCCGACAAUCGAAAGCAACGCCUAUUUGACGACAGUGACGACGAAUCAGACGGAGGUGUUAAACUACAAAUCAAUGCCGAAUAUGCGAAAAGAUUCGAGCAUAACAAAAAGCGAGAAGAGUUACACAGAUUGGAGGAAAAAUACAAGUCUAGGCAAGCAAACGGCGACAGGUCGAAAGACGACGAUGAUGACUCCGAAUCCUCAUCAGAUGACGAAGAUGAGAAUGGUUUCCUAGCGACUGAAGACCUUGACGCCCAAAUAUCUGCUACCCUUCAAGCAAUCAAAAAUAAAGAUCCCCGCUUAUACGACGGCAAAACUACAUUCUUCAAACCAAUUGACGAAAAUGCGCCGGCAGAAGAUGCAAAAGCAAAAGAAAAGAAGGAAAAGCCUGUUUACCUACAAGACUACCAUCGAGAAAAGAUUUUACGUGGAGAUACUGGAGCCGAUUUCGACAACGAGGAAGAGCCACCGCGAACCUACGCACAAGAGCAAGAUGACUUGAAGCAAUCUAUCAAGGACGAAAUCAAGGCGCAACUAGAAGCAGACGAUACUUCAGAAGAUAGCGACAGCGACGAAGGUUUUAUCAAGGCUAAAGAGGAGGAGAAGAGAUCAGCUCCCGAAAACGGCAUCCACCCUUCCAGAGCUGGAAAAAUCAAGGUUGCGCCGCCUGAUCUCGCAGAAGCGGACAAGGACCCGGAGCUGUUCCUAUCAAAUUUUAUGGCCUCACGUGCUUGGGUUCAAGAAGGCGGAACAAAUUGGGAAGCAUUUGAAUCCGAUGAAGACGAAGACGACAAAGCGGAUGAAUGGGAGGCGGCAUUCAACCUGCGCUUUGAGGACCCGAACAAGAGUAACGAAGUUCUUAAAUCAUACGCUCGUGAUGUCGUCGCAUCGCGAUCAGUCAGGCGGGAAGACAAGACGUCACGAAAAAAGCAACGUGAGAUAGAGCGCGAGAAGAAAGAAGAUGAAAAACAAAAAAGGAAAGAGGAGAGGGCACGAUUACGCCGUCUGAAACUCGACGAAGCCGAAACUAAGCUACAAAAGAUCAAGCAAGCUGCAGGUUUAUCUGGCAAGACACUCAAGGACGAGGAAUGGCAAAAGCUACUUGAAGAUUCUUGGGAAAACGACAAGUGGGAGGAGCAACUGAAGAAGACGUUCGAUGAGCAAUACUACGCAGCGGGUGGUGACGCUGAGGAGAUGUCUGAUGAAGACGAGGAGGGUGGUGCAGGCGCCAAGAAGUCUAAAAAGAUAAAGAAGCCUAAGUGGGACGACGAUAUCGACAUCAAGGAUUUAAUUCCGGAUUUCGAUGACGAGGAACGACCUAAUGUUACACUCACCGAUGACGAACGCGAUGGAGGAGACAACGAAGAAGAAGGAGAGGAUGAGCCGGCAGCCAAACGCCAAAAGACUACUAAGGAGCGUAAGCGAGAAAAGCUCGAAAGUCAAAAAGCAGUGCGACAAGAGCGAGCUAAGCUAGAAGCCUUCAUCGACUCAAAGAUGAAUAUCGACGAACCUGAGGCUCUCGCCAGUUCCUCCACCGCAAAAGGCCACAAAGGCCCAUCAUUAUUCCAUUACCGCGAAACGCGACCUGAGUCCUUCGGUCUUACCACACGCGACAUCCUCAUGGCCUCAGACGCGGAUCUCAACCAAUUCGCUGGUCUGAAGAAACUAGCCCACUUCCGCCCCGCAGAUAAGCAAUCCAAGGACCGCAAGCAUCUGGGCAAGAAAGCUCGUCUACGACAAUGGCGCAAGGAGACUUUCGGUCCCGAGUUCGAGAGGGAACCGCCUGCGUUUAAUCCCGGUGGGGCCGCGGAAGACGGAGAAAAGCCCGACACCCGGGAGAACAACAGCAAUAUAAUUGAAGGCGGAUCUAAGAAGAAGCGAAAGCGCUCGGGUAGGGGGAAGAAGAGCGGUAAAGGAGAUGAGGAAGUGGCUGCAGCAUAGCAUAGUAUCCAACCGCUAAUAAUUUCUCGUUCUAUGGAUUUUACUUUUUUUUCUUGUUUUUUUGCUUUUUUUCGUGUUUCCGUUGUUCUCGGCAGAGCAUCUCGGUAGAUGGUUAGAUCAAUAAGAUGAUUUGAUACCCCAAGUAGAAAUCCAGAUUCUGCGGACGGACGGCAUAGAGAUCUAACUAAACCAUAUCGAAUCGAAUCGCAUUAACAACACGUGGUUCUAUUUUUCGUGUCGUUUCGUUUCUAAUUCCCCCCCUCCCCUUUCUAAAUCCCGGUCCCGCAUCCGCGAUGGGCGUGGGCGGGAUCUGCCCUGGUUGUUGCUCCGCUGGGUUUAGUUGCCGUGGACGGAAACUGGCACACACACACACAACCCCAAAUGGCACGAUGGGGGCUGGAUGGCUGGACAUCGUACCACUACUUGGGCUUGCGCGCGCGGAUCUCCGACCGGCCAGGAGUUUUUUCUUGUUAGGUUAGGUCGAGUUAGGUAGACAUAUAAGAAAGACGCGGCCCAUGUAGGACUUUGUAGAUUUUUAC